UUUAUGGGUUUUUCCUCCUCCACUUUACAAGCAAGCAUGUUAGUGAUGUCAUAAUACACAAGGCGUACAUCAUCCAGGUUUUAAAACUGUGUGUACCUUCUCUCCAUGUGACAUGGCAACCAGAGAAUGAGAACCAAUGAGAACUAUGAAAGACAAUGUCGAGCAGAAGCAACGCCAGUUCCAGGUCCGUGUCAGUAAGGAAAGGGCCAAUAGGUAGGCCCAGCGCCAAGCCCCAAAGAGAGGCAGCGACACCGCGGAAAAUGAUAGUGAAAGAGACCAGAGCUGUUAUCAUAGAUAUCGGGACUGGGUCCUGCAAGUGUGGCUUUGCUGGAGAGCAGAAGCCAGCCCACGUGAUCUCAUCGACCGUGGGCAAGCAUUUCCAGGAGACUACUGCGAAAACAGGAGACAACAGGAAGGAAACAUUUGUCGGUAAAGAACUUCGGGAUGCCGGAAUACCCCUGAAGCUCAUCAACCCUUUGAGACAUGGCAUAAUAGUGGACUGGGAUACCGUUCAGGACAUAUGGGAGUACAUUUUCCACAAGGAGAUGAAGAUCCGACCAGAGGAGCAUGCUGUCCUGGUAUCCGACCCUCCCCUCAGCCCCACCACCAACAGAGAGAAAUAUGCGGAGAUGCUCUUUGAGACCUUCUGCACCCCUGCCAUGCACAUGAAAUUAUUAAACGAGUCUGUGAAACUGUUCUCAGAGAAAGACUGGGAGACCCUGGAAGACAUCAAAGAGAACCACUGCUUCACCUCACUGGAUUUCCAGCAGGAUUCCACAGCACCUGUGGGGAAACAUGAGAUCGAGUACGGGCUUCCCGACGGGCAAGUGAUCCAUAUCGGUCGGGAGAGAUUCAUGUGUUCUGAAAUGCUCUUCAAGCUGUCCUUGAUCAACUCGCAGCAGUUGGGGCUUCCUCUCCUGACCAUGACGAGCCUCAACAAGUGUGAUGCCGCCCUCAAGAAGAACCUAAUGGGCAACAUCUUGCUGUGCGGGGGCUGCACCACAAUGAAAGGCUUUGCUGACCGCUUUCAGAAGGAGCUGACUAGGAUGUGUCCGAAUGAUAAACCCAUUCUGGUAGCCUCCCCUGAAAGAAAUACCUCCGUGUGGACGGGAGGCUCCAUCUUAGCGUCCCUCAAGGCCUUCCAGCAGCUCUGGGUUCAUCGCAAGGAAUAUGAGGAACGGGGUCCUUUUUACAUCUACAGGAAAUGUUUCUGAGCACACAACAAGCAGAUGACUCUCUCUCUCUCUCUCUCUUUCUUAAGCAGAUUGCUUGUGGUUGAAGAAAUCUCCUGUGUUCCUUUAACAACCAGAAUAUUGAUUGCUCUGCAAGAGCUGGCAGUUUGCCUUCAAUAGUUUUUCCAUUAA